CUACUUAGUACUGUGUCGCCCCCUUUUUCUGAUUCUUGUCUCUUUGCUUUUUUCCUUUUUACUCCCUUGUUAUUCCCCCAUUAACACUUCUCAUUCCGAAGCCCAGAUCCAUCCUCUGCUAUAUCCCUCUCUAUCUAACACUGUCACUCUCACUUCUUAAGUUGGAGUCCUUUCCUCUCGCUCUAGCUUUACUGCAUCUGCGAGGUUUGGCAGCUCGCCUGAGAUUCAUCUAUCCAACCCAACUAACCUCUCUUAAACUCGAGGCUGCAGAUUCAAAAUAAGCUCCUCAUUACCAAUGACUCCUCAAUAAAAGGUGUAUGGAAAAUGUUUUAGGUUCCUCUCCAAGAAAACUGGAAACAUAAAAAAAAAAAAAAAAACAGAAUUGGAGGGAAAAGUCAAACAAAAUGGAAGAAAUACAAUCCCAAUCAGACCAUUACAGGUCCUCAUCAUCAUCCGCGAGUAGCCCAACAAGUAGAGUACCUUCAGGCAAUUUCUUCUACCUCCGAAAACCCGGUGCUCUCAGGCAGCCCAUCUCGUUCGAGGACUCACCUGACUGGGAAGACACUGACAUUGAAGUCAAAAUUGAUGAGGGCAGGGCUGACUCCAUUAACACAGCCACUACACCGGGCUCUCCUUCUCUCUCGAAGCUCAACAGCGGCUCUUUGCCUUCUCCUCCACUGCCCGAGGGAGCAGCUGUUCUGAGAAAGGCAGCAGGGGUAACAAUUGUGUGGAGGGACCUAACUGUUAAUAUAAAGGGAAAAAGGAAGUAUUCAGAUAGGGUCAUCAAGAGCUCGAAUGGUUAUGGGCUACCGGGCACAAUGACUGUGAUUAUGGGCCCCCCCAAGUCUGGAAAAUCCACGCUCUUGAGGGCUCUUGCAGGAAGAUUGCCUGAUUCGGCUAGAGUUUACGGUGAGGUUCUUGUAAAUGGCGUGAAAUCACGAAUACCGUAUGGGGCUUACGGAAAGAAACUCGGUAUUGUGCUUUCUGCAGUUGAUUUCUUUGACUUGUUGCGAAGCUCUUCUAUUAGUAUAUCUGUGUCUAUUGACCUUGCAGUUGUGGAACCUCCAUAUCUAAUUUUGAACACAGCUAAGAUGAAUAGAGAAACCACACUUAUUGAAUCCUUGACCGUGCGCGAGUACCUUUACUACUCAGCCUUGCUUCAGCUUCCGGGCUUCCUUUCUAGGAAGAGCAGCGGGGUCGAGGAUGCCAUUCUUGCCAUGUCAUUGGGAGAUUAUGCGAAUAAGCUAGUAGGCGGGCACUGUCAUUUGAAGGGCCUUCCGAGUGGCGAGAGAAGGCGGAUCGCAAUUGCCAGGGAGCUUGUGAUGAGACCCCAAAUCUUGUUUAUUGAUGAGCCUCUUUACCAUCUCGACAGUGUAUCUGCACUUCUUAUGAUGGUUACACUGAAGAAGCUUGCGAGUACAGGCUGCACUCUCAUCUUCACCAUUUGCCAAAGCAGCACGGAAGUGUUUGGCCUUUUUGACCGAAUUUGUCUUCUUUCAAGUGGAAACACGUUGUUUUUCGGGGAAACACUUGCGUGUUUGCAGCAUUUCUCGAAUGCUGGAUUUCCUUGCCCAAUAAUGCAGAGUCCAUCCGAUCACUUUCUGAGAGCUAUAAAUACAGAUUUUGACAGGAUUAUUGCAAUGUGCAAAAAUUGGCAGGAUGACCAUGGAGAACUUUCAGCAGUUAAUAUGGACACUGCCGUUGCAAUUCGCACUCUCGAAGCUACAUAUAAAUCAUCUGCAGAUGCAGCUGCUGUUGAGACUAUGAUUUUGAAGCUUACAGAGAAGGAAGGUCCAUUUCUCAAGAGCAAAGGCAAAGCAAGCUGUUUCACAAAAAUUGGAAUAUUGACUUGGAGAUCAUUGUUGAUUAUGUCAAGGGAGUGGAAAUAUUAUUGGCUUCGCUUGUUUCUUUACAUUUUCCUGGCUCUAUGUAUUGGUACCGUGUUCUAUGGUUUGGGGCACUCUUUAUCUUCAGUUGGAGCUAGAGUUGGAGCUGUAUUUACAUUCGUGGCAUUCACUUCACUUCUGAGUAUAGCCGGCAUCCCCGCGCAAUUGAAAGAAAUCAAGAUUUACUCCUGUGAAGAGGCGAACCAGCAUUCGGGGACAUUUGUUUUCUUAAUCGGGCAACUUUUGUCCAGUAUCCCGUUUUUACUUCUCCUCUCAGUCUCCUCGAGUUUGGUCUUCUAUUUCCUUAUCGGCCUACGUGAUGAGUUCCACUUGUUGAUAUAUUUUGUGCUGAAUUUCUUCAUGUGCCUUCUCGUCAACGAGGGACUCGUGCUGCUUGUUGCGUCCUUUUGCCGGAAUAUCUUCCGGAGUAUCUUGAUAUUGGUGACUGCACAUGGGCUUUUGGAGAAUGAGUAUAUUGGUACAUCUUUUGCCGUUGGCCAGGUAAGAUCAAUCACCGGUUACGAAGCGCUGCAAAAUUCGUACGACAUAUCAGCCGAUGCAAAUUCAAAGUGGGGAAAUUUACUGAUACUGUUUCUUAUGGCUGUUGGGUACCGUAUUCUUGUUUUUAUCCUGCUACAAUUUCGUGUCAAGAGGACCAUCUCCCUUUUUGGUUUGUUUCGGUGUAAUCAAAAUACAAACAAUGCAAGAUAAAACAGAUUGGAAUGAUGAGAUACUUAUGAGAUAUUUAUGUUUUUGUUUUUUGGAAGUUAAAUUGUCUCUUUUAUGUUUUGUUUUUCUCU